GUGUACGAUAAGUAGGGAGGACUGAAAGACUAAAACACGAAAGGCAUGGAAUCUCGGUGGGUGCAGCAAUCGGACUAAGAAAGCAGGAAAGGAGACAUUACGAGAUGGCCCGACGAAUGACGUUCUGGGAGGAUAGACCUCGUGGGAUCCUGCCACCGAGAAUAUCAGAAGGCAGGGUCGAAAUAAGCCUGCCGGCAAGAAAUGCGGUAAGCAAUCCGGUAAUGGACUGGGUGGGGGUAGAGUUGGUGGAAGAUACGGUGUACCUAGUAGUGGAGCUGGAAUGGCGUGCGAGAGGGGAGUUCGGGGGCGUAGACUUGAACCUCCCAGGGCGUGUACAUGCGACGGGAUCCUUACACCUGGCGGAAGAGGGAUGGCGAACCUUUGGGAUUGCUUUGGCUUCCGGGGAUGACCCCGUGCGAAUGUUCGCAGGGGCAUGGCAAAUAACCUGGCGGGAGGGGUUUGAGUUUGCAAACCCGGAACGAGAUGACGUAACGGCGGAGGUAAAAGUCGUCGCGGCAGGGGCCUUCGAGCCAAAUGAGGUCAUAAGGAUGAGUCUACCACCAGGCAUAGAACGAGUGGAGCAGGCGGUGACUGCCGUAACUAGGCUAAAUUUUGAUGAAGCAUUAAUGUAUCGAGAAUACUAUCAGGCCUUCCUAGAGAUGGGGCCUUUCGGGGACGAACAAGGGCGCGAGGUGCUUUGCAUUCUACGAGCAGCGGUAAAUGCUAGGCCAGGAGUCCCACAAAUAAGUGAGGAGACCAUGUGGAGAGUCAUCCGGCGAGAGGCAAGUAUGGCAACGGAGGAUGAGACGGGUAAUCAUGAAAGCGAGGGAGGACCAGGCUUAGGAGGCAGUGUUGAGCAAAGCAAGGAAGGGCAGAAGGACAGGGAAUCAGCAAAUCCGGAUGGCACCAAAGGGAACCGGAAGGAAAUGUCCUCAGGAGAGAGCUCGGGAAAAGCCGGGGGAAGCAGACAGGGGACCCAGGAAAACAAGGAGGGCAGGAAUAAGGAUAGGGGGAGCCCCGAGAACUCGGAGGGAGCUGUGUCUAAGAAAGAAAGGGUCACGAACGCGAGGCGCAAACUAGCAGAAAUAGAGAAAAGGACCGCGGAAUACAAGGCAAGGUUAAUUGAGGCAAUGAUGAUUGGGAACGAGGAAGGCCCUCUGCAGGAGGUACCGCGGGACGAACGGAAAACCAGUCGGGGCGGAACUGGGCAAAGGGACAAGGGUAGUGACCGUGGGGGAACGCCGAGCAAAAGAAGGAAAGAGAGAGAGAAAUCGUCGGGAAUGGAGGCAGAGAAGGCGACGAACCCCUUAGCCACAGACAGUAGGGUUAGCCGUCUGCCAACCUCGCCGGCGGCAUCGCGAGGAUGCGAAGGGCUCUGGAGCCUCAGAGAAAGGGUGUUGGGAUGGUUCGACCCGGAAGGAACGGCGAAGACUAGAGGGGGGCAGAAAGCCAGCAAGGAAGGGCCAGAUACCAGCAUGGCAGGUGAGGCCAGUAGCUCCGAAGGCGGCCUUAGGAAGAUAGUAUCAUCCCUUACACGAGCACUAAACAAGAACCAAGGCUAUCUGGCAGACGCCAAGAAAAAGCUGACUUUCGAUGGAGCAAACAUCACGGAAUUCCUGAUCGAUUACGAGAACCUAGCUGCGUUACUAAAGUGGACCGAGGAGGAAAAGAUGGACCAUCUAGGACAGCAUGUGUCGUUAAGCCUAGGACAGGACAUAAUGGUCAUUGUAGCCGCAAGCCGGUCUUGGAAGGAGGUCCGGGAUGUGAUGAUGAGGAAAUACCUAGCGGCAGAGAAAAUGGCAACGGAGGCCGACCUAGCGGCAGUUCAGAGGAAGACCUUCGCAACGUACAAUGAUUUCCUACGGGAAUUUACUCUAGUAGCACUAAGGAUCCCCGGGGUCACGGACCGGAUAAUGAGCAAAUAUUUCCUCAGGCAGUUCUCCGAGUUCGACAAAGACAAGAUCCUGUCAGGUUACCAACAGACGAGCAAGUUCGUAAACACGCGGGAUGUUGAUUUUAGCACGGUAACGGAUCUGGCUGAGAAAACGGUAGUAACAGAGACGUUGGCCUUGCUCAAGGAAGGAGAGAUCAUAGAUCUGACCGGUAGGACGGGCGACAAGGUAAAGAAGGGGAUUGAAAGUCUACAUGAACGGGUGCACGGGGUCGACAAUAAGAUUGAAAGGAUGGAAGGUGCGCCACUGGUUAUGCAGGCGCAAGUAUCCCGACCUUCCCUCCCUCCCCAGGAAGCUGUGGAUCCGCCAGGUGUAGCCAACCGGGGAUUCGGACGGAGAGAUCCUGCUAACGAGCAAUGCAAGUACUGUACCGCGAUAGGACAUUAUGUGCACGCGUGCCCAAAGCUCAACCAUGAUAUUCUGAAAAGAAGGUGUACCAGAGGCGACGGGGGCGAUUCCGACUAUUCAUUUUUUAGGAGAAAGAUCCCGGAAGGAAGUGUUCAAAAGUACAAGCCGGUAGGGAAGAAAGCAAAACCGGUCUCGAUCCUACUAGAGACAUCAAAGGAAGAGGCUAUGGAGAAGGAGGAAGAGGUCCUUCAAGUGAUCCGAGAAAGAAGGGCGACGGAGGGACAUCGGAUACCAGAUCAGGUAGCUGACACAAUGAAGAUAGGGAUAGACGGGUUCUUAACGGAAGAAGAAACCCGCCAGAUCAAAAGGACCUGCCAGGAGUUUCACCUGGCAUUUGCCUUUAGUGAUCACCAGAAGGGACGACUGGAUGCGAAGCUGAUCCCUCCGAUCAGAAUCCACACGGUAGAACAUGAAUGCUGGAAUGACAAGGGGCCGUCCUAUGAAUUUGGGAUAGCAGGAGAAGUAACAGACCUCCUCCGAGCGAAAAUGGACUCCUUCGUUGCGGAGCCUACGGCGUCGCCAUACGCAAACCGGUGGUUCGUCUUUCGGAAGCCUAACAAGACACUAAGGUGGAUUCAGGACCUGCAGAAGUUGAAUGCGGUAACCAUCCGGGAUGCUGGCUCGCUACCUCAGGCUGACUUAUUAGCAGAAUCGCACGCCGGUCAGAGCAUUUACUCCCUGAUAGAUCUGUACUCAGGGUACGACCAACUUCCAUUGGAUGUUCGGGAUAGGCCAUACACUGCUAUGCACACCCUUGUAGGCCAGCUACAAAUGCAAGUGACCCCUAUGGGAUUCACAAACGCGGUAGCCGAAGCGCAACGCAGGAUGCUCGCCGUGGCCGGGGACAUGUUCUUAGAGAAAUUUGAGCCUUACAUCGAUGACAAUCCGAUCAAAGGCGCGCAGGAGAAGAACGAGACGGAAGUCCAGCCAGGGAUCCGACAUUUUGUGUGGGAACACCUGCAGGACAUCAAGGACUUACUCCGCCGGUUCCUAGUAUACAACGUUACGGCUAGUGGACCAAAGAGUAUCCUAGCAAUACCGGAGGUAACUAUACUAGGAUUUCGUUGCGGUGCUUACGGCAGGAAGCCGGAUCCGGCAAAGACCGACAAGAUAUCACAGUGGCCGACACCACUGCGCACGACGACGGAGUAUAUCCUGGAUGCACGAGACAACCUGAGCGGGUUCGGGGAGGCAGUCGCCCUCAAGAAAAAGAUAGGGAGGAGUGUGGCAGACUGGAUAGAAGACUUCUACACCUACCUGGAAUAGGUUAGAUGAUGAUCCGCAAAUGACCACCGAAGAGUUAAUCGAGGCAAGAUGUCAACAAAUCCUUAAGAAUGAG